GAGGGAGCCUGUUUUCGGAGUCGGGUACCCUCAAAUUUUGGGUAGGGAUGGAAUAUUUUAGAGAAACACUGUUCGACUGAUUGUAAUCAAUUUUGAUUAAUUUAACCCAUAUUAUUCGGGUUCGAUCCGUUUUGAGCAAUUUACGUUGGAUCCGAUCGAAUUAUAAUUGUCGAAUGUGAUUGUAGGGCGAAUUCAUCAAUUAGGGAGCAUUUCUAAGGCUUUAGCGGUGUUGAUCGGGAAUUAUUCAAUGGAAGCCAAAGCGGAGGGGAACAAGUAUAGCAUAAUCGUUCCCACUUUCAACGAGCGCCUCAACAUCGCUCUGAUUGUUUACCUCAUCUUCAAGCAUCUCCCGAAUGUAAAUUUUGAGAUCAUAGUGGUGGAUGAUGGGAGUCCUGAUGGAACUCAGGAAAUUGUCAAACAGCUGCAGGAAGUAUAUGGAGAAGAUCGUAUCUUGUUGAGACCUAGUCCAAAGAAGCUUGGCUUAGUGACGGCCUACGUUCACGGUUUGAAACACGCAACUGGAAAUUUUGUUGUCAUAAUGGAUGCAGACUUAUCACACCAUCCAAAAUACCUUCCAAGCUUUAUCAAGAAACAAAUGGAGACAAGUGCGAGCAUAGUUACUGGGACUCGGUAUGUAAAAGGUGGUGGGGUUCAUGGCUGGAACCUGAUGCGCAAAUUGACGAGCAGAGGAGCCAAUGUCCUUGCACAAACAUUUCUAUGGCCAGGUGUAUCCGACCUGACCGGAUUAUUCAGUUAUUAUACAACAACAAUAAUUAUUAGUUCCCCCUAUUCAGAUACCAAACUAAAGUUUUGUUCUGAACUUUUGUUGUGAAGGCUUUACAAAAAAUCUGUGCUUGAAGAUGUUAUAAACUCCUGUGUGAGUAAGGGGUAUGUUUUCCACAUGGAGAUGAUAGUUAGAGCUUCAAGAAAGGGUUAUCACAUUGAAGAGGUCCCAAUCACAUUUGUCGACAGAGUAUAUGGAAGCUCAAAACUCGGGGGAUCGAAAAUAGUGGAGUAUCUCAAGGGGCUUUUAUACCUUCUUGUCACAACUUGAAGAGAAUGAAAAGUGGAGCAUUUUGCAGAGUUUUC